AUGUCUACACCAACAUCUCGCUCAAUAGACUCUUUACAAGAGCAUUCAUAUCCAUCUGUCGGGGCUGAUAUGGAUUUCCAGUCAGGCCCCGAUCCUUUCCCGGAACAUUACCGACGAGAGCUAGAGGAACUCGAUGGCGAACCUCUAGCUCAACUUAGGCUACUUAGUGAAUCCGAAAUCCAUAUAUCAUUUUCAUUGUCCGCAGAGAUUUUUGCGGAAGCCUGGCAUCGACAUGGCAUCCUUCCAAAAAAGUGGCAUUUGGACAAUAUUGGUGAUGUCGAACAGCACCCUUUUGCCGUUACGGCUUCCUCGGAUGUCAAGAAGGCAUCCAGCAACGGAACUCUCUUAGCGUUGAAGUUCUUGCGGCCACAUUACCGGUCAACAGGCCCCGAGGAACGAAUUGCGGAACUUUUCCGAGAAGUAUGCAUAUGGUCACCUCUUGACCAUCGCUAUAUCCUUCCAUUUCUUGGGAUUUUUGCCCAAGAGUCGCGCUUGGCCUUGGUCUCUCAGCAUCAAAAGAAUGGUUCACUCUACGAAUUUCUCAUUAACAACCCUGACGUAGAUCGGAUUCAACUUUUACGCAGCGUGGCAAGCGGCUUAGAAUACCUACACUCUUUACCAGUACCCGUCAUGCAUGGAGAUAUACGAGCGAUGAACGUUGUCGUGGAUGACCAAGGCGAGCCAUUGCUGAUGGAUUUUGGCUGUUCUUCACUUGUGAACGAGUCCGGACAUGCAAUAAGUGCUUCAUCAGAUCAAUUACGCGGAACACCCAGACACAUGCCUCCGGAAAAGAUGCUACCCGGGUCCUACCCCAUAACUAUUCAAUCGGAUAUUUGGUCUUUUGCGAUGCUAUGCAUAGAGGUCUUUACAAAUCAAUGCCCGUUUAAUCAUAUUGCCAAUGACGGAGCUGUAGUGAUAGAGGUCUUGGUUCGGUGUACCCAUCCUCCGCGCCCGCAGGGCCCAUUUUCCGCCCAACUGACCGACGAUAUCUGGGAUGUUUUGAAAAGAUGCUGGGAGCUCGAUCCAUCAUGCCGACCGCCCAUUGACACAAUCGAAGCAUCGUUUGCGCUUCACAGACCAUGA